CUCCGGCUGCAGGGAAACACACCCGUCAGCACCGCGCACUGGAGACAGGAGAAGGAAAAAAAAAAAGGCGCAUCACGGACAAAGGAAAAUAUGGGUGCGCUGGAGAGGAUUGACUCCAGCCGGGUAAAGCUAUGGAUGAGCCGCUCCCCCUUCAUCCACCGGGAGACCAAUUAGCCCACCUUGAUGAGGUGCUGGGAUGCGAGAUACUGCAAGCUGAAAAAGGCGGAAGGAAGGCUGCGUUUAAUCCGUCUGCGGAUCCUCCUGUGAGCUUGCCAUGGCUGUAACGGGGAUGAUAUGCAACCGGACGGGGAGAAGUAUUGAUGUGCCUUUUUAUUUUGUGCUGUUUUCCUUAUUUUGUGGCCUUGCGUGUGGACAGUUGCGGUAUUCGAUUACAGAGGAGCUGGAAAAUGGGGCACUGGUCGGGGAUCUGGCGCACGACCUGGGGCUGGAUAUUCGAAAGCUCGCCAGCCGGAGAAUCAAGGUAACCCCAUCCAGCAGCGCCAAGCGCUACGUGAUUGUCAACCCCAAAAAUGGGAAACUACUUGUCAACGACAGAAUCGACAGGGAGGCGCUGUGUGAUCUCUCCAGCACUUGCCUUAUAAACCUGGAGGUGCUGGUGGAAAACCCCACAGAGCUGCACCAGGUCGAGGUGGAGAUUGUGGACGCCAAUGACAAUGCGCCGCAGUUCCCCAGAGACGAGUACCAACUGGAGAUCAUAGAAUCCGCCAUGCCGGGGUCCCGUUACUCAAUUGAAAACGCUCAAGACCCGGACGUCGGGUCCAACUCUGUCCGCAUGUAUCAGCUUAGCACAAACGAGAAUUUUGCGCUCGUCUCCAACAAACCCUCCCUAAACACAAAGCACAUCGAGCUCGUGCUCAAAAAGCCCCUGGAUCGUGAGCAGACGCCUUACCACCAGUUAAUUCUAAGUGCUGUGGAUGGUGGGAUACCAGAGAAGACAGGCACGGCCAAAAUUAACAUCAGGGUGCUGGACUCCAAUGACAAUGUCCCUCUGUUUGACAGCUCGGUGUAUAAGGUGAAGCUGUUGGAAAACUCGCGUAAAGACACCCUGGUGAUUAAACUGAACGCUACAGACCUGGAUGAGGGCACAAACGCAGAGGUUUAUUAUUCUUUUAGCAGCUACACCCCAGAGAGAGUCAGACAGAUGUUUAGCAUGGACACUAAUACGGGAGAGAUAAGAGUGAGGAACAAUGUUGACUAUGAAGAAACCAACUCCUACGAGAUGUACAUCCAGGCUAUGGAUAAGGGCCCCGGGGCCGUGGCAGCCCACUGCAAAGUGGUGGUUGAGGUUGUGGAUGUGAAUGACAAUGUCCCUCAGAUUGUUCUGUCAUCUCUGUCAAGCCCCGUGAGGGAGGACGCCCGUGCAGACACAGUUGUGGCCCUCAUUAGUGUCACCGAUCAAGACUCUGGCGCCAACAAGCAGGUGAGCUUAGAGAUCCCAGCAGGCCUUCCGUUCAAGAUCAAGUCAUUCAGAAAUUAUUACACUCUGGUUACCUCAGCCUUCCUGGACCGUGAGACCACUGAUGCCUACAAUGUCACGCUGAGUGCCACAGAUGGAGGGAACCCUCCCUUAUCUUCCCAGAAAACCAUACAGGUGGACGUGGCUGACGUUAAUGACAACCCGCCACGCUUUGAGCAGACUUCAUAUACAGUGUAUGUGACUGAAAACAAUGCCCCUGGGGCCUCUUUGUGUACUGUGAAAGCUCAAGAUGCAGACAUUAAGGAGAAUGCUCGCAUCACCUAUACAGUGCUCAAUGACAACAACCACGGCAUCCCUGUCACCUCAUAUGUGUCUGUGAAGGCCGAUACAGGCGAGGCUUACGCCCUGCGAGCCUUUGACUAUGAGUCACUGAGAGAGUUUCAUUUCCAGGUCAAAGCCCAGGAUGGGGGCAUUCCUCCUCUCAGCCGAGUCGCCACAGUCUACAUCUACAUCAUGGAUCAGAAUGACCACGCUCCACUGAUAGUCAGCCCUGCUGGCAAUGGGACCCGCUCACUGGAGACAGUCCAAAAGAACGCUGACCCUGGUGCCUUGGUGACGAAAGUGGUGGCGUAUGAUGCAGAUGCAGGUCCAAACGCCUGGAUGGUCUACGUGCUGGAGACAGCCACAGACCUGGACUUGUUCAAAGUGCAUGAGCACACUGGAGAGAUCCGGACCACUCGCAGGAUCCUGGAGGACAAUUCCACCUCCUUUGCUCUAACUGUUGUUGUAAAGGACCAUGGCCAGCCAGCCCUCUCCUCCACUGCCACCAUCAAUGUAGCUGUCAUGGAAAUACCACCCAAAGUGGCCCCUGAUACCAAGAAGGUCUCACGGCCCCACAACACACUGUUUUUCUCCAACGUCACCUUAUAUUUGAUUGUGGCCUUGAGCGCUACAACGUUUGUUUUCCUGGUCACCGUGGUGGUGCUGGCUAUUGUCCGCUGCCAUGCCUACUGCUCCCAGCCUGGCUCCUGCUGCGGGUCACAGAAACCCCCUCCAGAUGGUGGGAGCAGCAGUGUGAGUGCUGGUGGGGGAGGCGGCGGAGGGGCCACGGGACAGCCUAAUAACAAUGUGGUGCUUCGAAGAGACCUCAAAGUGGAGCCUCACUACAUUGAAGUGCGAGGGAAUGGCUCCCUGACGAAGACGUACUGCUACAAAACCUGCCUGACCGCCACCUCUGGCAGUGACACCUUCAUGUUCUAUAACACAGGGCGGCCCAUCAGUGGCACCUGGGGCAGCGGCGCUGACCGCUUCUUCACCAGUGGAAGUGGAUUUGUGCGCAGAUUGAGCAUGCCCGACGCUUCACUGCAAAUCUGCCCAGAGCCGAAAGCCCCAAAUGCUGACUGGCGUUAUUCUGCGUCUUUGAGGGCAGGGGUGCAAGGUGCGGUCCACAUGGAAGAAUCCUCAGUGGUGCAGGGAGCCCAGGGGAUGCUGGUCCAGAACUGGCCCACUGUAUCCAGUGCUGCAGGUGAGUGGAAGUGCUGCAGCGGUCAGGGUGUUGCGUGUAUCAAGAUAAAUCAGGAUAAUCAUGUGUGUUMGAAAGAUUAUCGGCUUUAAUCCUACCAGGAAAAU